AUGUUCUCCCAGUCCUUGCUUCUGCUCUUCAUCGUCUCGAGAUGCUCUGCCCAGAUCGACUACUCUGGACAAGACGCUCUUACGACUGGUACUAUCAGCUCCACCGAGCUAUUGACCAAUUUGGAGACAAGCUUUCGUACUGCGACCAAGGUCACUACCUCGAGCCAUUCGGUCGUUGAGACUGAUGCAUCCACCAUGACAACCGACGUUUCGCAAACGCACACCGAAAUCAAUACCUACUCUAGCAUACCCACAGAGUUUGUGACUCGUACCUCGACCUCGACUUCUACCAUCGACGUGACGGAACAACCUGCACCUACAACUCCUGCUCCCAGAACAAGGACAAUAGACGUGUGGGUCGGACCUCCAGCACCGACUUGCUGCAGUUGGCCGCCGGGUACCGGUCCAUACACCAGACUGGGCAGCGAGUAUGCUGUUGAUACCACUUGUCUUCAUCCAAGAUUCAGACCAGCCUUUGCUCGCUUCAUCGACCAAGGAAUGAGCAGCACCCAGUUCUGCGCUCAGUCUGUUGAUAAGCUCCGUGACUUCUUCCAAGGAAGAGUGUUCAACAUGGCGUGUAACGCAGGCGAGGACCCAGAGGGCAACACAAAAGAGUUUGAGGAGCACAAAGAAGAGUACAUUAGCUGUUUCGAAGGGUUCCUGGAGACUCUGUGUGGGUUCCACAUCAUCACGAAUACGGGGAAAAGAAUCGAUUCGAUUUGUGGCAAGGACUGGUGA